UGCGCACGCAUAAAGAGGACUGUCAUUCGGGUAAUGACAAAGACAACUGGCCCAGUGCUGCUUGUCAUUACUCUAUUGUCACCAGGGUUGCUCAUCAUGGAUGCCUCCAAGCCAGUCGAGCUUCAGUCGGCCACCGGCGUCCCCCGUUUGCAGCUCGCUCUGCUGAUCGGCGCGCCCAUAGUGCUCGGGGUGGUAGGCUUAUAUCUAUGGAAACGGAUGAGUCCUUUGGGUCGUGCCCUAGCGACAAAUAACAAAGGCAACAAAUACUUUGAGGCGGGCAAGUACGAGAACGCCAUCCAGUGUUUCACAGAGGCCAUUGCACUCUGCCCCACUGAACAGAAGAGCGACCUGUCGACGUUCUAUCAGAACCGAGCAGCAGCGUAUGAGCAGCAGAUGAAAUGGACUAAGGUGGUGCAAGACUGCUCACAGGCAGUAACGCUCAACCCACCUUACAUGGAAGCUCUCUUCAGGAGGGCCAAAGCUCAUGAGCAACUGGGCAAUAAGAAAGAAUGCCUGGAAGAUGUCACAGCUGUGUUGAUCCUGGAGGAGACACAGAACAUCCAGAACCAGCAGACCAUGUUGGUUUUGAACAACGUAUCCGACCAGCUGGGAUUCGAGAAGGCCAAAGACAAAUACAAGAACCGAGAGCCGAUGAUGCCUUCUUCUCAGUUCAUCAAAUCCUACUUUGGUUCUUUCACCGAUGACAUCAUCUCGCAGCCGCUGCAGAAGGGCGAGAAAAAAGAUGAAGACAAGGACAACGAGGGCGAGGCCUACGAGGUCAUAGCUCGUUCGGGCUACCUGAAAGCCAAGCACUACAUGGAUGAGGAGGACUACGACAAAAUCAUCAGCGAAUGCACUAAGGAGGUGGACUCUGAGGGUCGCUACAUGGCUGAGGCGCUGCUCCUGCGUGCCACCUUUUACCUUUUGACCUGCAACAACACAGCCGCUCAGCCCGACUUGGACCGCGUCAUCAAUAUGCAGGAAGUCAACGUCAAGCUGCGAGCCAAUGCCCUCAUUAAGCGUGGGAGCAUGUACAUGGAGCAGAUGCAACCGUUGCUUGCCACACAGGACUUCAACAUGGCAGCAGAGAUCGACACACGCAAUCCCGAUGUGUACCAUCACAGGGGGCUGCUUGACCUCAAGUUGGGCAAUAUAGAUGAAUCUGUAGAAGACUUUGAUAAAUGCAUCCUGCUAAGAUGGGACUUUGCUCUCGACCAUGCGCUCAGGUGCUUCGCUCUGUACACACAAGCAUUGAACAACAACCCAUCACAACAGAUAGUCUUGGAUGGAUUCGAGGACAUUAUCAGAAGGUUUCCCAAGUGUGCCGAGGGCUACACACUAUAUGCUUGGGUUUUAACCGUUGAGCAACAGUACGGAAAGGCAGACGAGAUGUACGACAAGUGUAUUGAACUGGAACCAGACAACGCCACCAAAUAUGUCUACAAAGGAUUAUUACAGCUCCAGUGGAAACGAAGCCUGUCUGAUUUGGGCCUGGACCUCAUCAACAAAGCCAUUGAAAUUGACAACAAAUGUGACUUUGCAUACGAAGCAAUAGGAACAAUCGAAUUUCUUAGUAAAAAUCUGGACAAGGCAAUCGAAAUGUUCAACAAGGUUAUCAACUUGACUAAAACGGAGAUGGAGAUGACCGACAUCUACGCAAAGUGCGAAGAAGCGUACGCCCGGAUUGAGGUAGCCAGGAAGUACGGCAUCAAGUAACUCCUCCGCCAAAUUGAGGGAUGCUUGUUCUCCAAUUGUCAAUGUGUUAAGCUUUGCACCCAUUUGUUCAAGCAAGGGGAAAAAAAAGAUGUUAUGAUGUAAACAAAAAACAAAAAAAGAGCCCCUCUGAAAAUAUAUGUAGCAUCGUGUUUACGUUGUAUUUGAAAAAGGGUUUGGAAUGUUUUUUUUUUUUUCUUUCACAAUGUGUCACAUGCACAGGAAUGACAUUGUAAACUUGUACAAAUGACAAUUACUAUGAUGACAAGAGGACUUGUGGCUGUUUGUUGACGUUGACAGACAAUACUGUGAGAGCAAGUUCAUGCAUCAAGUACGGUUUCAAUAUGUACCGAUAUCAGUUACAAAUUGAAAAUUAAAACCAUGUAGCCAAAUGUGUAGUGUCUGUGUUUGUAAUAAGGGGGCUUGAUUGAUGGGUAAUAGGCCUGUAUGGGAGAGGCAGGGAUUUUUUUUUUUUUUUUAAUAUUACAUUGAAUUACCCGUCUUUUCAUUUUCAACAUUUUGUGCAGCAUGUACACUUUGUCAUGUAAAUGCAACGCCUGUGCGGUUUGAAUAAGAGAAAUACCUUUGCUAUCUGGCUGACCCAAACGCCUCCUUUUUAUAGCACACACAUGAGUAAAAUCU